AUGAAGCUAUCCAACGUUUCUCUGGUGUGGAGUAUUCUUGCUAGUAUGACACUGGGAUUGUCUGCGGGCCAAUGGCGCAGUCAAUCCAUCUACUUCUUGCUUACGGAUCGCUUUGGAUUGACUAGUAACUCGACCACGGCUUCUUGCGAUGUUGCUGACGGGCUAUACUGUGGCGGUAGCUGGCAGGGGGUGAUCAAUCAUCUCGACUAUAUCCAGGGUAUGGGAUUUACAGCCAUCUGGAUAACGCCAGUCACCGAGAACUUUGAAGGCGACACUCAGGAUGGCGAAGCUUACCAUGGUUAUUGGCAGCAGAAUGCUUACGAGGUCAACGCCCAUUACGGUUCCUCCUCAGAUUUACUUGCACUCUCCAAUGCGCUACAUUCUCGAGGAAUGUACCUGAUGGUUGACAUCGUGGUAAACAAUAUGGCAUAUGAUGGGCCCGGCACCAGCGUCGACUAUAGUAUCUUCAACCCAUUUCCAUCAGAAAGUUACUACCAUCCCUACUGUCUGAUUACCAACUAUAAUAACCAGACAGACGUCGAGGACUGCUGGGAAGGAGACACCUAUGUCUCUCUACCGGAUCUUAACACUACUCAAACAUACGUCAAAGACACUUGGAACUCCUGGGCGAAGUCAUUUGUUGCUAAUUAUUCCAUCGACGGACUCCGUAUCGACUCUGCAGCGCACAUUCAAGAAGACUUCUUUCCCGAUUUCGAGGAUUCUGCUGGCGUUUACUGUAUCGGAGAAGUAGACGACGGUGAUCCAGCAUAUGUAUGCCCCUAUCAGAAUUACCUUAGCGGAGUGUUGAACUAUCCGAUUUACUGGCAAUUGCUCUACGCUUUUGAAUCCUCCAGCGGCAGCAUUAGCAAUCUAUAUGACAUGAUCAACACUGUCAAAUCCGACUGUGCCGACACAACUCUCCUCGGGAACUUCAUUGAGAAUCAUGACAAUCCUAGAUUCGCAUCUUACACUAGCGACUACUCAGAAGCGAAGAAUGUUAUCUCUUUCAUCUUCCUCACAGACGGUAUCCCAAUCCUGUACUAUGGACAAGAACAGCACUUUAGUGGAGGAAACGUUCCCCUCAACCGCGAAGCUCUCUGGCCAUCUGACUACUCGACCACUGCACAACUAUACACACAUACUGCAACAUCAAACACCAUUCGCACACUGGCCAUGGGCAAGGAUUCGGGUUUUCUGACUUAUAAAAAUAUACCUAUAUACCAAGACUCCAACACAAUCGCAAUGCGCAAAGGUACAUCAGGCCUACAACUAAUCACCAUUCUCUCCAACCUCGGCUCCAGCGGGAGUUCAUACAUCCUCUCCCUCAGCGGUAGCGGCUACUCAUCCGGCACUCUCCUUACCGAACUAUACACCUGCAUAAACGUCACCGUUAGUUCGAGUGGCAUUAUCGCCGUGCCCAUGGCCUCCGGAGAGCCGAGGGCGUUCUUACCCUGGUCUUCUGUCUCCGGUAGCUCGUUGUGCAAUGGCGAUAGGAGUCCAGAGUGUACAGCCGCAUCAACUGUUGCAGUCACAUUCCAGGAGACCGUCACGACCACAUAUGGUCAGGAAGUUUACCUUUCCGGCUCGAUUAGUCAACUCGGUUCGUGGAGCACGUCCAGCGCCGUGCUGAUGUCGGCGAGUCAAUAUACAUCUUCUAAUCCUCUAUGGACGGUCACCGUGGAUCUGCCGGCUGGCGAGUCGUUUCAGUAUAAGUUCAUCAUUAAGAAUACUGAUGGCAGUAUUACGUGGGAGAGUGACCCGAAUCGUAGCUAUACUGUGCCUACGGGCUGUCAGGGCUUAAGUGCUAGUAUUGAUGAUACGUGGAGGCGAUGA